GAGUGAACAAGGGGACCGAAGCGACUGGAAAGCAACAUUCAUCCAGCGCUUGCCUCACAGAAUGAGCUGGCCAGAAAAUUGACUUUUAAUCCAAAACGAAACAGAUAAUCAUCGAGCUUAACAAGCGACAAAGUAGCAACACGUUGAGUGAACAAUCGCAGUCAUGCAGGGCUAAUUAAAAACAAUUGGCGGAAACGAGAGAGACGAGGACAUCAGAUCAGAAAAACAGUCGCAAAGAGAAAGAAUGUAAAGGAUGGGAGUUACCGCGCGCACUUUUCCAACGGCUGCGGUCCACACUUACUACCACAGCAACGCGUGAUUUUUCAUCACAUUUGCGCGUCAGCUCGGCUAGCCAUUUGUUUCUCUCUCUGGAAAUCUCUCUUGAAAAAUCCGCGCCAUAAUAUGCAUUAACGAAGUUUUUGCGCGAAAUGCCGCUGCUGCUGACGAGAGCAUCCGCGAUUUAAAGUGCCACCCCGCAAUUAGUGAGUUGCAUAAAAUGCACUUGGCUAGUGAAGUGAGUUCUACCACCGGCCACUACGACAGAAACUAUGGUAACCUGACUGCCGAGAUGCUGGCUGAAAGAACAAUUGAUGGCCUGCUGGCGGAACAUCCGGGAGAACUUGUUCGAACUGGAAGUCCUCAUGUUGUUUGUACCGUGUUGCCUCCGCAUUGGCGGUCGAACAAAACACUGCCGAUGGCCUUUAAAGUCGUUGCGCUUGGAGAGGUGGGGGAUGGUACCAUGGUCACUGUCAGAGCUGGUAACGACGAAAACUACUGUGCAGAGCUGCGGAACGCGACAGCCAUCAUGAAGAACCAGGUGGCCAAGUUCAAUGAUCUCAGAUUUGUCGGACGAAGUGGAAGAGGUAAAAGCUUUACCCUCACUAUAAUCGUGUCAACUCAACCACCCCAAGUCGCCACCUACAAUAAGGCCAUCAAAGUGACUGUGGAUGGACCAAGAGAGCCCAGAUCCAAAACGAGGCAGGCUGGGUUCCAUCAUUUUCCUUUUGGACCGAGACCGUUCCAUCCCGAUCCUCUAACAGGAAGUUUACCUUUUAAACUUAGUGGUAUAGCUCAUCAUCUUGCUGGACUGCCUGGUCAUCCACAUGAAUGGGCUUUUCUGGGAGCCAGACAUCCAUAUCCUCAUGGGCCGCUAAUGCCUCAUCAUCAUCACCAUCCACCUCAUUUCCCUCCACAUAUGUUUGCAGCCUUAGACCGUCCAUUGAAUACUUCGCCAAGAAUAGCCAAUGAGGCGACUUCCACAUCAUUGGGUCCCAUAUCAAUUAAUUGUAACUCCGCCCACAGUACGACGUCUCCUAAAGCAUCUCCUACCGCCGGAUUGUUGACUACAGCCGAAAGUUCCAAAUCACCUGAAGAAGACGACAUAUCAGUAACCGCUUCUCCUACUCCAAGCCCCCAAACAGCUCCAUCGUUCUCCGGGCUGCCGCCUCCUACUUCCCAGAACAACCAGCAGCAACUGUUCAACAAUGCUUUGGCUGCCAGUUUGUUUUUGAAUACGCCUCUUCUUCCACCUCCAAGCCAGUGGCUGUACUCGCAGCUUUACCCUAGCGAUUGGAACUGGAUGAAUCUGAGACAUCCGUCUCUUGUGCCGUCGAUUCUUUCGCCUCCAGAGGAUUACGUUUCUCAGAAUCCUGAUAGUUCAAGCGAGAAAGUCGAUGUGACGGAGCUAGAGGAGGAAGCUGGAGGUCCAAAAGUGAAAGAUCCAGAUCCAGUGGAGAAGGAUGAUAGUAAAAAGAGUCUGGAAGGGGUUAAUUUGAGUGUGAAAGGGAGGAAAGCGGUGGUCACCUUGAUAAGGCAGAAGGAAGAUGCUGGUGGAGUUAAUAAGGAGGUUGCAAAAAGUGGCAAGGGGAAUGGAAUCAGGAACUCUGAUGUAUGGAGACCAUAUUAAAGGAUUUGACUUUAUUUUAUCUUCAGUUAUGGAUUUAUUAAAUCCCCUUCUUCGCAAUUUAGAUUAUUGCGUUUCAAUUCGAGGGCUUUGAUUACAACUUUGGGAUCUGUAAUAAGUUUGAUUUGCAUUUUUGGAAUAUCACGACUGUCGUGCAAUGUAAGGCCCAUUUGUAUAUUUCAUGUAUCUAAAAUAUG